AGCAGCAGCAGCUCCAGCUCCAGCUCCGGCUCCAGCUCCAGGAGUGGGCAGGGGUCCCCCGCAGUGCCCACCAUGGCCCUCAAGCAGCCUAAGGCAGAGACCUUCUGCCAGCGGGCACCCAGCUUCCUUGACUACCUGCACAGCAUCCUGCAGAAGUACCCGGACAGAGGGCAGAUCCUCAAGGAGCUGGUGCAGAAUGCAGACGAUGCUGGCGCUAACGAGGUCGUGUUUGUGUCUGACGAGCGAGAAUUCAACAUCACCGGAGGGGGCCUGGAGGGCUCCCAGGGCCCAGCUCUGUUGGCCUACAAUGACGCCGUGAUGUCGCCCCGGGACUGGACAGGGAUUCAGUGCCCAGGGGUGUCACACAAGCGGGAGGAUCCCCACAGCGUGGGGCGCUUUGGCUUGGGCUUCACCUCUGUCUACCACCUCACCGACCUACCAGGUGUGCUGAGCCCCCCAUACUUGGGGGUGCUGGACCCCGAAUGCCAGGUGCUGCCUGGUGCUGGCAAGCGCUGGGACAUCUCCGAAGCCCAGGACCUUCCUGGCCUUUUCGAGCCCUUCUGGGCUGGGCUGGAAGCUGUGGGACAGCACCGUGCCUCAGCCCAGGGCACCCUCUUCCGCUUCCCCCUUCGCCAGCAACCCUCAGAAAUCGCUGCAGGGGUCUCCAAUGCUGAGCACAUCUGCAACCUCAUGCAGACUUUCCUCACAGAGGCCCCUCUUGCCCUCCUCUUCCUCCGCCAUGUCCGCCGCGUGGCCCUGCACCGUGUGGCCCCUGACGGGGUCCAGACACUCAUGGGAACACUUGCGGCAUGCCCUCAGCCUCUCCCUGUCCCGGUGCCAUCGGAGGAUGAGGGGCUGAGUCUGGCGUGGUGCCUGGUGGCCCUGCACAGGGAUAGCGUGAGUACUGGCAGCGAGUGGCUGGUGGCCACAGGCAGGGCCACUGAGGGGCCAGUCGUGGCUCUGGGCACACGGCUGGGGUGCUGCCCUGAGCUGAGCCUGGCACACCCCCUCCACGGGGCCUGCCAAGGGUGGCUCUGCUGCUUCCUGCCACUGCCAGCCACUGAUGAGACAGCCACAGGGCUGCCCGUCCAUGCCAGCGCUCCCUUUGCCCUCUCCGAUGAUCGCCGCCACCUCCGCUGGCCCCAGGAGGGUGAGGAGGGUGAGGAAGAUGCCCGCUGGAAUGCUCUUCCGCUGCUCGACCUCCUGCCCCGGGUCUACAGCCACUUGGCUGCCAUGGCCGUGGCUCUGCCCGGUGCAGAUGCCUACAGCCUGUGGCCAGACCCCGAGUGCACGCCGAGCUCUGGCCGUAUCCACAGCCUGAUGAGCCGUGUGUGCCAGGAGCUGGCGGCUGCCCCCGUCUUGCUGCCGGCCGCAGACGGGGCAGCGGGGCGGCUGCGGGCCCUCGAGGCUGUGCUGCUGCCAGAGGCUGUGGGUGAUGCAGCCACACGGCAGGCGAUUCAGGCCUUGCUGGUGGCCGCUGGGGAGCCGGUGGCUGAGGUCCCACCCCACGUGUGGAGGGCGCUGACUUUGGGGAUGCCGAAGGGUCUGCGGGAGGCCACGGCGGGACACGUGCGGGAGGUGCUGCGGCACCACGGGGCCGCAGAGCUCCCGGCUGCCGGCCGCCUCUCCCUGCUGCGCUACGUGGCCGGGGAUGGCUGCCAUGCUGAGCUCUGGGGCCUCCCUCUUCUGCCUCGCGCCGACGGAACCUUCGUGGCCUUUGGAACUGCGUCAGCCGUUGUCUACAUGGACACAUCUGACUGCCCCAGGGAGCUCCUACCUGCCUUGGCCGGGUCCUUCCUGCCCUCAGACCUGGAGCCAGGCUUAGAGAGCCUCCUGCGAGGCAUUGCCAAGGAGGGUCUCUUCCCCAACCUGGUUCUGCUGGAUCCAGCUGUGACUGUACAGACCCUGCGCUUGACUCUGCCCCCCACCUGGACAUCCCAGUCUUCAACCCCAGUGACAUGGUGCCCAGCCCAAGGCCCCCCCCAGCCCCCAGCCUCUUGGUUCCCUGCAGCACUGGCCUCCCGCAUGGCCUCGCUUCCUGAUGCAGAUGUGCUCAUCCUCCGGCUCUACCUGGCAGACGUCCCAUCCGUGACAAAGCAGGACAUGGCCACUCUGGCUGCUCUGCCCCUCUUUCUGCCACUGCCCUGCCUGGCCACCCCACAGCCCUCGGAGCUGGUGCCAGCCGCUGCCACCCUGGCGCUGGAGCCAGAGCUGGAGCUGCCCCAAGACGUGGUGCUGCCGGAGGCCGUGUUGCGGUGCCGGGAUGAAGCUGACCGGCGGCUACUCGGGAGGCUCCAGAGGCCCUUCAUCAGUGCAGCCUGUGUGAUGCUGAAAGCCAUCAGAGCUGUGGCCCAAGGCGCAUAUGUGGGGUGAGCGGCUGAGACACAGGCUCUGCUGCUCUGGGUACUGCAGCACGGAGACACUGUCUUUGCACAGAGCUCCCCACUCCGGCAGGCCUGCAGCAAGCUGGCCUUCCUGGAGACCCCUGAUGGCCCCACAUGCCCGCAAGACCUCUAUGACCCCUGUGACAGCACCUUGCAGGCCCUGCUGGGACCCGAGCGCUUUCCUCCUGCUGCCUUCCACACUCCGUCCGUCCUACGUGCCUUGAGGGCCGUGGGCUUGCGGCAUGGUGAGGGGUGCCUGCUGCCCUCAGACAUCCUGGCAGCUGCAGCAAAAGUCAGUCAGGGUGGCACGGCAGCUUUGGACAGGGCUGAGGCACUGAUCACAGUCUGCAACCACCCCAAGGCACUGGAUGGCUUCAGCGCUGCAGAGCUCAGGCAGCUCCAGGCCCCACCAUGGGUACCUCACUCCAAGUGCACAGGAGAGCUUGGGCAGCCCUUCCUGCCCCCCCGGGAGCUGCGAUCCAUGCAGUACCAAUCCCUGGUGGGGCUUGCCAUGCCCCUGACUGACAGCUCUCACCCCAUGAGGAGGAAACCAGGACAAUGUGGAACUACCUGCAGCUCCUGCAUCAGGAGGGACCAGAUAAGGAGAGGUUUCAGGGAGGAUCUGGAGUCCUUCUUUCCAGCUGGGAAUAGCUACACUCUCCUAGGGCUGUGCUUUGGACACGAUGAUCCUUGUGGGUCCCUUCCAGCUCUGCAUAUUCUAUGAUUCUGGUGUCCAUUUCAGGCUGAUUUCCCCUAAAAGCAAAGCACUGCACUAGAUAGUAACUCAUGCCCCCUGUUCUUCACUGUGGUGUGUUUAAUUUAUUAGCGAAUGGAAGGAGAGAAAUUAGGGAAAGAACACCCAAAAUGGAAACCUAGCAUACAGAUCCAGCUUGCUGAGGGACCAGUCCCUUCCCUUCUGCUGUGUGCUGCAGCCCCCCUGAGGGAUCCCAAGUCCGAGAUUUCUGCAAAUCACAGUAUAUGCUUAAAAUUAUCUUUGUGGGGAGGAAAAAAAAGCCACCAGACAGCUCAGCGGAGGGAUUUCUGUCACAGUAACACCUCAUAAGCUCUCCAGAUGCCUUCAGUCACCCCAGCCUGCCAAUGCUCUGAUGUUGAUGGCUCAACAAAUUGCCAUCAACAUCAAGUCCACAGCCCUGGGGAGUGCUCAGGAGAUGCUGGGGCUGGGGCAGUCACGGGCUCCCUCCUGGUACCAAGCUGCUCCUCUGUGACCAUCACACUGGCACACAGGUGGGACCGUGGGGGACCUCGUGUAGUCCAAGAUUCUCUGCCAAAAGUCACACUGAGCUCCCAGGAGUCACUGCCUCACCAAAAUCCCACAUGCAGGCUCCUGCUGGGGGUCUGCUCACACUGCCUGCUGCCUGGAGGGCUCUGCAGGAGCAGGGCUGAAGUGACCAAAGCCAGGCUUAAAGAGAGCCAAGCAUUCAUCUGCUGGUGUUUGGAGAGGUGGGAGAAGAGGACUGAAGGCCCAGAAAGCCUAUAGGAGAGCUGGAGAAGGUGGUGAGGCCCUGGCACAGGGUGCCCAGAGAAGCUGUGGUUCCCCUGGAUCCCUGGAAGUGCCCAAGGCCAGGCUGGAUGGGGCUUGGAGUAACCUGGGAUAGUGGAAGGUGUCCGUGCCCAUGGCAGCUCAUCACAAGAUGAGCUUUAAGGUACCUUCCCACCCAAACCAUUCUGGGAUUCUGUGAAAGCCCAGGCAUGGGAGAUGCCAAGAACACAGAGUGAUUGAAGGUCUUGCACAGACUCGUCCUGCAGCCCCAGUAAGCAUGUUCCUCAGCUGAUGUGCCCAGAUGCUUGUUCAGCAGUCAGCCUGUCCAUGUGACCUUCCAUGCCAGGCCCUUCCAGCUGACAUUUAUAGAUGGCAGCCCAAAGCAGCAGCACUGUGGGAGGCUGAUUCACCAGGCCCUCGUGCUCCGAGCUUCACUGUCAGCUGUUUCAUGAGACACACAUGGCCUUUCUACAAAGCAUAGCUCUCAUUUCCCACUGGUUUUGUCCACCACUGUUGUCCAACAUCCAACUGCUCUUCUUUUCUCCCCCAAAACCUACAGACUGAAGCUGAGCUUUUCCCAUCCUAGGCAGGCUGUGAAUUCAUCCCUACAGAGCUCACACAAUGCCCUAAGUAAGGCAAGGAGUUCCUGGGGGAUGUUUUGCCCCACAGCUCUGUCCUGGUUUAGGACAAAUUAGGGGAAAAUACCUCCAAAGGAGCCCCUUAUAGGAAACCAAACCCUCUGCAACUUCCCCCCACCACCGGGUUCGGGAGGAAUUCCUUCAGAGGGGAAGUGGAAAAAACUUGUUUAUUAAGGCACAACAAAAAACACUCCCCAGCACAAGAGAAAUAGCCCAAGAUGACCACAGAUGUUUUCACCAGUCCAAGGGGGUUGAGCCGUAUCUCUCUUUGCCGCGGAGGGUACGCAGCUUCUUUCGCAGACCCCGGGGGAGCUCCUGCCCGGAGUAGGUCCGAUGUCUUCGGGGAGGGGGGGGGGAAGGAACAACGGAAACCGGGGAAAAGGAAAAAAAAAUGGCAAAAAAAGCAGGCCAGCGAAAAGCAGAGAGAAAAGAGAGGAAAACAGAGCCAGCAAAGCAGGCAGCCAGCAGCAAACCAAAGCAGCAAGCAAAAGCAGCAAGCCAGCAGCCAGCCCGGGUGGGGGGGGAAGGAAGACAAAACAAACUGAGGACAGGGAACAGAAACCACGAUUGGGAUAAUGAGCAUGAAAAUGUCCUGUCCCCAUGACAAGCUCUCAACCUUCUCCUCUUGGCCUUUGCUAAAGAUAAUGAACCAAACCAGCACCUUGGGAACUACUCAGGGAUCAAUCCUUACACCACCAUAUGACAUCCCUGAACCUCUUGGUUGGGAUGGAGCUUGUGUCCAUGAGAUGUAACAUAAUCAAAGGGGCGGCAAAUUGCUGUGGGAUGAGAGGGAAUGGUGGGAAUGGGGAUCUGGACCCACCCCAGCCAGGCAGUGCCACUGGUCUCUGUUCCCAGGAACUCAUUGCCUGCAGGAAUCACAGUGAAGCAGCUCUGGGCAAGGCAGGGUCUCCUCCCGCUCCACAGAUGCGACCACAAGCUCCAGAGCAGCUUGCGGAGACCCCAAAUGACCAAGCCACAGCACCAUACCUGCAGCAGCAGCUCCCCCUCAGGAAACAGCUCCCUGUCACCCUGCGGCUCUGUCCAUCUGUCCCCUCCUGGGGGUCUGGGCUGAUCCACGCAGCUGCCAACGUUUGGAGCUGUAGCUGCAAGUGAGAAGGCAAGAAAUCAGUGUGGAAGAGGCAAGGCAGGAGCCUCCCACUCCUCCUUCCCACCCCAGGGCUGCUCAUGCAGCUACUGGAUGCCGUGGACCCAGCACAGCGUGGAGGAAGGUGUGACCAUCAGUGGGAACUGGCACAGAGCCCACUUACAGAGCCAUGCCCAGCUUGCCCGAGGCUUCCUCCAAGAGAUCCUCUCCCCUGCUUGACCUCAUUGCUGGGAAACCUCACUCCUGCCAGGGUGUGAGGCAGAGAUGCAAAGGACAGAGAGGGGCUGAGUGCUUCUGUGCUGCCCAGGCUGGAGAACACCACCCAACAUAGCCAGGAGACUUCUGGUUAGAGCCUGGCAGAGCUGGAGUUGGCUCCAAGCCACCCCACUGGGGUGCUCUGUCUGCUCUGCUGCCCUUCAGGGUUAGAGAAUGACAGAAACAACCCUUUCCAAAGCACCUCAGAUGCCACCAAAGCACCCGUACUUGUUUUCUCCCUUCCACCUUUGGCUGCCUGGAAGCAGAUCAAGAGCUGGCGGCCAUGGUACUCUCAGUGACAUCUGAGAGCUCUCGGCUCCCAGGACUUGCUGCCAUGACCUCCCUAGGCUGAUUCAGGAGCUGCCUCAUGCUUCAGCACUGGACGCCUUCAAGGUAACACCCCUGCACCCCUGGGUGCAGCCAGCAUGAAACCUCCUGCUGCCCUGAUUGUGGGACCUCAAGCAUCACAGGACUCCCACAGAACCAAUUGUUCAGGGAACAGGAAUGAGGACAGGGGCUCCCAGGCAAAUCUCCAGCAUGAUCCUUUAUCUGCUGAUUAUCAUUGAAAAAAACUCAAUCCAACCUCAGCUGCCAGCAAAAGGAUGAUUUUCAAGACAUGUUUUUGUGCCAACUCACACCAAAAAAAGGAAAAUCACAGAAAAACUCAAAGCAGCUCCUGCGUAGGAGCCACCCCACCUCUGCCACCACCAUCACCAACUUGUGCAGCUCCCUGAGGUCCGACUGAGCUGACACACCCCGUGUAACUCACAUCCCAGCAGAAAGCACUGCCUGCCCCAUCUCAGCCCCAGCUGUCAGAUGGUGCUGGAUCCAAAGGGAAAAGAGCCUCUGAAUGCUGGAUAUGAGGAAGUGUCACCCUGAUUUCUUAGGAUUUUCUAAAGCCUUCUGAGUUUACAUUCUUGUAGAAAACUUUCUCACACAACUUUCUGUAAACAACCUAUUGUUUUGCAUUCUUUCAUAGAGGCAGAGAAAUUUGAUGUACUAGUAGUUUGUCCAGUGUCGUUGGAGAGGUGGCACGUUCACCCUCCAAUCCACUGGCACCUUUGAGAACUAUAAAUUAUUGGAGUCAGAGAAAAUAAAUUAGUCUCUUCAUUGUGA